AAGCCCUUAGGAUCUUUCCAGAGACUAAGUCCCAGUUGAAGAAUGAGACUUGAGUAGUGCAGCGGAAGUUGAGGCAGUUGAACCCUUGUACUAGUAUAUGAGAACAACCGGGUCACAUGAAUUUUCUAUGGUUUGUGAAUUACGUCCGUCGGUUCAUUCCGAACAUGACGGGGGUAACUUCCCCUCUCACGGAUCUCCUGAAGAAAGGCACGUUUUAUGAGUGGGGGGGAGAGCAGCAGGCUGCGUUCGAACAGCUCAAAAUUUUCCUCACUACACCUCCGGUUCUUCGGAUUGCUGAUCCUCACCGUCCGUUCGAGCUCAUCACCGACGCUAGCGAUGUGGCCGUUGGCGCAGUACUGUUACAAGACUUUGGCAAAGGCCUCCAAUCCAUCGCCUACGAGUCACGAAAGCUGAACCCGGCCGAGCAAAAUUAUCUUGUCCACGAUAAGGAGUUACUCGCCAUCAUUCAUGCCUUCAAAGUCUGGCACUACUAUCUGACCGGUGCUGACAUGACAGUACGAACAGACCACAAAUCGCUAAGUUCAUCCGCGCCCAACCGACACUAAAUCCCCGACAGAUUCGCUGGCUCGAUUA